AUGGGUGGCAGAGCCAGAAGUAGACCUAGUGGUGGGGAGACCCCAGAAAACCACAGAGAUGUUGUUCUUCAAGAAAACUUGAGAAAUGAAACAAAAAACUUAUUUAGUCACGUUGUUUCCGUCAAACACGAACAAGAACCCACUACUCCUGAAGUCCCACCCCAGUCAGAUGACUUGGAUAUUAAAAGUCAUUUCAUUUUUGCUAAGCAAAACCCUGAUGGAGAAUUUCAUUUGGAAAUGGAUCCACUCAAGCACUAUGACGUCUUAGAGUUACCGGAAACGGUCAAAUCUCAGAUGAAAGGUGUAUACAAUGAGUGUUUGAAGUUGCUCUUACAGUUACCAAUAGACAGAGUCACUAUGAUCAGUAGGUCAGUGAGACAAGUCGUUGAUGGUGUAAUGGAUAAUGAAUUAGCCAAGAGCUAUCAUAAACCUCCAUAUACCAAAUUGAUCAACCACAUUUUGGAUAGAAAUAUCACUGUUAAGAAGGAACAUUUCCUUUACCCCGAAUACACCUUUCACACAGUGAGGGUAGGGGCCAUGGAUUCUUUGAAUCUUGUGGAAAAAGUGUACUUUUUAAAAGAAAUGGAUUUCACCAUUUGCCAAAGGUUAAGCCAAAUCAAAGAUUUUACUGACCGAUUUGGUUUCUGCAAUAGUUUAGAAGCUAUUAUCAGGAAAAUGCCUCCUGUGUCUUCGUCGAGCGAUUCGGAAGAAAUUGGUGAUGCCUUAAGUCAACUUUUGAAAGGUUUAUUAAACAAUAAGACCAAUAAAGAAUGUUUUGAUGCUUGUGUUGCUUUGGUUACCCUGAAUACUGACGCUGCACGUUUUAUAAAAAGGUUGGACAAUUCUGGUGCCUUUAUCUUAUGGUUUGUAUUGAUUGGGUCAAAAGGACCCAAUGUAAGAGUCAUCAACAGGGUAUUGACCCACCAUUUUGGCCAAUAUAAAAAAGGUAUCAAAGUCACCUUAGAUAAAGUCAUGAACGACUUUUUCUCUAGUGAAGACAUUUUGACGUCAAUCAAACCAAUUAAGGUAACCAGUAAAGAACAACUUAAGAGAGCUGAUGAAAAACCAAAAACUGUCAAGACUAAAAAGGCAUUCCAAAAACGUGGACGAAACCAAAACGACCAAGGCAAGGGAAACUUUGUUAAGAAAGCUAAAGGUGCUGAUUCCAACUUUUAUGAUUCGCGUAUUGUUGACAUUACAGCUAAUGCUAAUUAUUGA